AUGAUCAUCCGGGGUACUCCAGACAGGGAUUCUCAGCACAGAUCACUUCACCUUGAAAAACCAUCAUUAGACAAAGUUUCGUACUUAAUACAAAGCUUCGAUUUGAUCCGAGCAGCAGGCAAGGAACUGGAGUCGUCGAUCGACAUAGCAGUCAUCGACACCCAUCAGAGAGGAUCUUCUCUAUGGAUGGCAGCCCCGGACCCUCUCGAGCCUGCUCAUUCCAACACCACUGCCACUGCCUGCUUCCAAGUUCCGCCCUGCGACUUUGGUGUGGGCGAAAGGAUUUGGCCGGCCGCUUUGGCUGACAACCAGCCUGGAUUUCAGGAACAAUCUUCCAGCGUCGGGGAUGGAAGCUCUUCUGAGUGCAGCUUCCAGACUGAGGACGUAAACAAGGAGAAGACAAGACGCAGAAAUCAACUUGAUAUGGCAAUUAUAUUUGUCUUUGUGGAAUGGGAGAAGCAGGUGCUGCAGUACCCUGUGUUCAGAAUAGAGCUCACGAAAACCUUGUGGAAAUUCGUAGAUACUAAUUGUCGUGUUUAUUCAUCAUGGAACGAUUACUUGAUAUUUAAUGAACUACCGGAAGGGAAGUUUUGUUACCCUGUCAACGGCAUCUACCGUGGUGGCUACGGAGACAAAGUGGAGCUUCAGUGGGGCAGAACACCUGCAGCAGAACCAGCCAGAAAGGUGAUUGAGGCUGUGGAUAAGGUCAGUGGUGCGGCUAAGCUUGCAGGGACAGCUGUGUGCGUCAUCGGUCUGUUUACGCCUUUGGGUCCACUGAUGGCAGCAGCUAGUACUUGUACUGCUGUUACUGGCUUGUACAACGCAAUACGCAGUAGCUCGACACUGAUCGACCGUGGUGCUCACGGCCAAACUAUCAACCCCUUGGACGAUCGUCAGGCGGCUGUGUCGUGGCUGUCCGUGGCGGGAAGCGCGGUCGGAGUGGCUGCAGGGGCAGCGACCAGCAGAGCGGCCGCUUUGGCCAGCAACGGUCACGUGAUGAGCAGGACGGGCCAAAUAGCGUGCAACGCCCUCAACGUCACCUCGCUCGCUGUCAACGCGACGGGUAUUGGUAUCGGAGCCUUCAGCCUUGGUGAGCGCUUCAAGGAGGGCGAGGCAACACCUCUCGAAGUGCUCCAGUUCAGUGCCUCGGUGCUAUUUUUCGCCCAUGCAACAAUCAACUUCCAGACAGCUUCACAGAUAAUCAAGGACACUCAAAGGGGAGUAAUAGAAGAUUACGAGAAGAGUCUGCGGAGCAACAGACACAGGAGAGCGUUCAAGAAGUUGGCAAGUAACACCGCAGCUACUGGUGACAGUUUGGUGGACGGCAAUGCAAGAGUUAUUAGGGGCAUCCAUAGCAUAGAUAAUAAGGACGACUUCUUUGCUGGCAUCGUUAGGACGAGAAAAGACUUUGGUGGCCACUAAGCAAUU